AUGACAAGCAUCAACACUAUUCCUAGAGGUUUCAAACCAUGUCUCUCAAAAUAUUCUUCACCUUUUGAUAAAGAAAUACUUCAAGACGACGAUAAAGAGCUUUGGUUGAUUCGUAUUCCUGACAACAUUUCAGAAAAGGAUCUGGAACAAUUAAAGUUAAAAGUCCCAACAGCAACAACAACAUCUAAGCUCGCCAAAUUAGAAAAAGACAAUAAUAAAUAUGCUCUAUACAAGGUGCCCACAGACAGCUUUAGCAGUAGUAGCAGUAGCAGUAGUAAUAGCAUUGAUGAUGAUAAAGCGCAAAAUGAUGUUGGCAUUAGUGGACAAGAAAUGUUAAGUUUCGAUUGCUUGGUGCCUAGCCGUGAAGAUAAUGGCAAAUUUGUAAAAGUGGAUAAACCAUUCGAGCAUUGUUUAAUUUUGGAUGAAAUUGUUGAUAUUCCUGAUUCAACAGCAUUAGCAGAAUCCAUUCGUGACUCACCCAUCUACAAACGAGAACAGCCUGAAGGUCUCAAGCUGCGUUUCUUGCCAACUGGUUACUAUUCAAGAGAGGAUGAAAAGCCAAAGGAAGAAGAGAAUAGAAAACGAUCUCUUGAGGAAGAAGACGUAAAAGAGCCUGUGAAGAAGGUUAAAAAGGAAAAGAAGGAUAAAAAGAAGAAGAAAGAAAAAAAAUAA